GACUCUAGAGUUUUUGUUCCCUGGGUGUUGCCUGCCUGGAUUACAACUUUAGGGUUUCACCGGGUGUUGCUGAGAAAGAGAGACGAGACGGGUAGCAUCUGUAACUACAACGUUGUCAACUUUUCGGAGCAAGCUCGAGGCCCUCUCACUUUGUUUACGUUGUACUUUUAAGGCAACGCCGGACCGGUUUGUUUUAGCCGCCGUUAGCUAGCUAAGCUAACUGAGCUCGAGCUGCGGUAACGUUGACUGGGUUGCUAGCGAGAGCCGUCCGAUGCAGGCCAUUAAGUGUGUGGUAGUGGGGGACGGGGCUGUGGGUAAAACAUGCCUGCUCAUCAGCUACACUACCAAUGCCUUCCCUGGAGAGUACAUCCCCACAGUCUUUGACAACUACUCUGCCAAUGUGAUGGUUGAUGGGAAACCAGUGAACCUGGGCCUGUGGGAUACAGCAGGACAGGAGGACUACGACAGGCUCAGGCCCCUGUCCUACCCACAGACAGAUGUGUUCCUGAUUUGCUUUUCACUAGUCAGUCCAGCCUCCUUUGAGAAUGUCCGUGCCAAGUGGUACCCUGAGGUGAGACACCACUGCCCCAACACGCCCAUCAUCCUGGUGGGCACCAAGCUGGACCUGAGAGAUGACAAGGACACAAUAGAAAAGCUCAAGGAGAAGAAACUCACCCCCAUUAUCUACCCUCAGGGCUUGGCCAUGGCUAAAGAAAUAAGCUCGGUGAAGUAUCUGGAGUGCUCAGCUUUGACGCAGCGCGGCCUUAAGACAGUGUUUGACGAAGCCAUCAGGGCCGUCCUGUGCCCCCCACCCAUCAAGAAGAAGAAGAGGAGGUGCAGAAUAUUGUAAAGGAGCAUCACAGGGAGUAGAAAGUAUGGUAGCCCUCAGAACCCACCUACUCAGAGGGAAGAAGAUGAUGGCUGGGUUCCCCAAAUAUGUAUUCACCCCCUGUGUCCUUGCUUACAUUGACGCUCUUGUAGAUCAGACUUCCAUCUGAAAGAACUUCACAGGUGUAAGCAGCGCUGAAGGUUUUCUGUCAGAUCUGGUGAGUGGUUGCUUACAUCUGUUUAGUCCUUUCAGACUGACAGGAAUGAAGUGACUUUGCUAAGGCCUUGGGGAACGUGAGGGUGGGCGGGUUUGCUUUGGGUUCUGUUUAUUCAGGAGACCGAGGGAGGGUUUUAAAAAAAACAAAAACAAAAAACAUGAAUUCAGUUGUCAUUUGUCACCGAAGAAACACCACUUGAACGUGAUUUUAUCAUGAUAUUACCAUAGAUUUAACUCCGUUAGAGGAGGUCCUGCACUGCACUCUUUCCCCUACACACUAAGAGAUUCCUGCUGCCUUGAUGAAAUUUUACUUUAAGAGAAAAAGAAGGUUUUUUUAGAAGCUAAUUUCUUCUUUUUUCAUUGUCAGUCUUUGAUCAGCUGUGGUUGACGACCGUUUUGUUUACACGUGUCAUCUGACUAGACUGAGGUGUUGCCAAAACUCAGUCAACGGUCAUCACUUCAUAGUCAAUCCAUGAACACUAAAAUGUUUUACUUCCUUUUAAUUUUGUUUUAAUCUGUACAAGAUACCAUCACGCUGUCAUGUACAAACGGUUGAAUCCUUACAUGAAUGAUAAUUGUUGUAGCAGCUGCUAAGAUAAAUAAUUACUCUCUUCAAUUAACGUAACAUUUAAAACACUGUCUCUGCUCGACUUUUAACAGAUGAUUAUCUUGUUUUGUUCCUAAAAGCUUUCUAGAUGAAUCCAUUGCUCUCUUCUCACUAUAUGUUAGGUGAACACACACAGCAUUUUUAUGACUCGGGCAUGUGAAGGUGCAGUGAAGAAGGUUCAUUCUCAAUCUGUCUGUAAAGGUUGUUUCAUCAUUUAAGUCAGUGCUCAGAAAGUGCUUUUGAUAUCCAGGCUUUUGUUCUCAGUAUAUGAUGUUCAUAUUGCUGUCAUGAUGGUGUGCAACCACAUCGUUUUGACCCGAUCUAUUACUGUGUUUUAAGUCUAUGAGCCAGUGAAUUAGCACUCAAAGAUUGCAUCUGAUUUUUAAUGUCUUUGUUGUACAAUAUAACCAUAAGAAGUAACUAGCAAAUGCAUUUUAUUUUGAAAUGAGCAGUGAUCAAAUUACAUGAGUGCCCUUGUGAGCCACUGUAAAUCUGAACUCAUUCUAUCGGUGUUUCUAUGGUGCAGUGGAAAUACACUUAGAUUUACUUCCUUGCUAAAUGUGGUUUCAUUUUCACAUAGUAAUAUGCUGAUUUUUUUUUUUUUUUUAAGAAAAGUAAAUAAAUUCAUUGAAAAUG